AUGGCGAAUUAUCACCCACUGUCAGAGACCGAGUCCAAGGCGCCCAUAGAGCUGGCAGUGUGCAUUGCAUUCCUGGCUGUAACAUGGACCACAGUGUGUUUGCGCUGCUAUGCGCGUGCUUGUGUUAUCCACAGUUUCGGGUGGGACGAUGCUACAAUGCUCCUCGCAGUGAUAUUUUUCACCGUUUAUUGUACUGGGGUCAUUAUUGUUGCCUACGGGUACGGUGGCGGGACUCAUACGGCAGUAGCGGGUGCUGCGAUAUAUGACCAGUGGAUCGUAGUUAGCGAAGCAUGCUACAUCUCCACUACAAUGCUGCUCAAAAUAUCCAUUGGAAUAUUUUUCCUACGAAUCAUCUCCAAACCAUGGCAGAAAAACCUCAUCAUCGCAACAAUCGUCCUCACCAUCAUAGUCUCCGGUUUCUUCUUUUUCUUCGUCAUCUUCAUGUGUGGCAACCCUAAGUACUUUCUCAUUAGAUAUGUCACGGGUCGCUGCGCGCCGCGCAGCGUGUUGCUCGCGCUCGCGUACACGCACACCAUAUGGAACAUGGCGAUAGACUGGGUAUAUGCAUGCGUGCCGAUCGCCCUGCUCUGGGGCACGACCAUGGACCUGCGCAAAAAGAUUACCGUAUUCUUAAUCCUCUUCCUCGCCGUCGUUGGAUGCUCCUUUUCCACCGUCCGCAUAAAGUACAUCGCAGGCUUGGUCAACCCUUCAGAUUUCCUCUGGAGCGCCGCCAUGAUUGCCAUCUGGAACACAAUCGAGUGCGGCGCUGGCAUCACAGCCGGCUCGCUCGCGACGCUCCGCCCCUUGCUCCGGGGCUGGUACGCUUCGGCGUCGCGCGCACUCUCAUACAUGUCGCCGUACAGCUCAAAGCGGCGGGCCUCAAAUUCAGCACAGAAAUCACACCGGUCAGGCACGACGCAGAGCCGAUCAAGCAGGCGACGGGGCGGCGGAGGCGGCGGCAGCGGCAGCGGCGCAGGCCGGCCCUACGAGAAGAUCAGCAGCGACCGCUCGCAAGACUCGACCAGCAAAGGCGGCGGGCGCGCGCCGCCAGAGGAGCACGAAAUGCGGCCUCCUCGGCGACCGGCGUCGGUGGCGUUGCCGGUGGUUGCGACGUCCCGGUCCCACACCAGCCUGGCCACGGGCAAUGGGACAGAGCGGCUGGUGACGAUCACGGAGAGCUUCGAGCGCGAGUCGCAUUGGCUGUGGCCGCGCAACUUGCUGCCCGCGCGCCGGCCCCGCUCGUCGUAUGACUUGGAUGUGGAGCUGGGCGCGCCGUUUGAGAUUGAUCGGCGCAGCUCGCAUGCGAUGGGCGAGGUGGAGGCGGAGGAGGUGAGGAGAGCGUUGGGCGUGGCGGGGUCGGAGGCAGGGACAGGGACGGGGGCGUCGUCGCCGUCGCUGCAGUCGCUGGCGGUGGCGAGGGGUGAGGGGGAAUGAGUGAACGAACGAAUGAGUAUCGACGAGUGGUUGGAAUGCUGACUUGACUGGGGGAUGAGCGCAGCGUCAAGGUUGGUACAGUUCGGCGAGGCUGGCGGCCGUCUGCAUAUAUUACGGUGGCUGGCUGGCGCGCGCGCUGGGUUGGGGUUGGGAUUAAGGAUUAGGCGCCUGUUGGACAUGGUUUCUUUUAUUUUCUUCUUCGCUUUGCUUUUCGGGCAUAGGGCAUCUAUCUGGCUGGGGCCUUCAAGGGGGAGGCUGGCGUUCGAGAGGGCUGGGUCGAUUCCCCACGGUCUGUCUGUCCGUUUGUCUGUUCUACUGUCUACUGUCUGGUUGGCUGCCUUGUAAGUACCAAGCUUGCUUACAACCAGGGCUUCCAUUUCGCCCUGGCCCUCGUGUCGGGUACAUACAUACAUACAUACAU